CUAAACGACCUACAGAUUGCAGAAGGUCGAUCUCACGGUUUCCAAAAAACCGUCCCGCUCAUCUGGACGGAAUAGUUUUAGUAAAAAAUAUUGAUAAUGUUGCGAACAAUUGUGUUACGGAAUCAAAUCUUAAGCGAUGGUCUUAAGAAAGCUAUACGGUCGAACAUUACGAGGUGCAUUAGUACAGAACUGGCAAAAAGGAAAGUUACGAAUAAAUUAUUAGAAUAUACACAGAACCAGGCAGUUCUAUCUGUACCACAAUGGACUGUUCAGAUGAGGUAUUAUUCGAGUCUACCAUCACAUAUAAAGGUCAACCUUCCAGCUCUUUCGCCAACCAUGGAGAGUGGUUCAAUUGUAAGCUGGGAAAAAAAGGAAGGGGACAAACUUAGUGAAGGCGAUCUUCUGUGCGAGAUUGAAACUGACAAAGCAACUAUGGGCUUUGAGACACCUGAAGAAGGUUACCUGGCCAAAAUAUUGAUUCCGGCCGGUACAAAGGGAGUGCCUGUCGGGAAAUUAUUGUGCAUUAUUGUUGGAGAUCAGAAUGAUGUUGCGGCAUUCAAAGAUUUCAAAGAUGACUCAUCACCUGCAACACCUCAAAAACGGGCUAGUCAAGAUAAAGCGGCUGCCGCACCCGCCCCCGCUGCAGCAGCACCCGCAUCCCCCGUCCCCUCCCCCGCUCCGGCCGCCCCACGUCCCAGCCCUGCGGCUGCCCCCGCCGAACCUGCUUCCUCAGGCAGGGUAUACGCCAGCCCUAUGGCUAGGAGACUGGCUGAGAUCAAAAACAUCAGAUUAGGAGGGCAAGGUACGGGUCUAUACGGGUCAUUGAAGAGCGGUGACCUGUCAGGAGCGGCAGCGGCGGGACCAGCGGCUCCGGCCUCCGCCCCCUCCGCGCUCGCCCCCGCCCCAGCCCCCGGCGCCACCUUUGUGGACCUGCCGCUGUCCGGCAUGAGGGAGACCAUCGCCAAGAGGCUGACGGCCGCUAAACAAAGCAUCCCGCACUACCAGCUCAGUGUCACCGUCAACGUCGAGAAAACCCUCGCCAUGAGGAAGCUGGUUAACGAGAGGCUAGCUAGUGAAAAGGCUGAUGUUAAGGUUUCAGUGAACGACUUCAUCAUUAAAGCCGUGGCGGCUGCCUGCAAGCGCGUGCCUACAGUCAACUCACAUUGGAUGGAGUCUUUCAUAAGACAAUUCUCCAACGUAGACGUGAGUGUGGCCGUGGCGACUCCGACCGGCCUCAUCACGCCGAUCCUGCACAACGCUGACUCGAGGGGUAUCAUCGACCUCUCGAAGAACAUGAAGCAGCUGGCGCAGAAAGCCAAGGACGGUAAACUUCAACCUCAAGAGUAUCAGGGCGGUACUGUCACCGUAUCGAACCUAGGAAUGUACGGUAUUACGAUGUUCAACGCCAUCAUCAAUCCUCCCCAGUCGUUCAUUAUAGCUUGCGGCGGCGUACAAGAACUGGUCAUUCCAGACCAAAGUGAACCAAACGGAUUCCGAACAGCCAAGUUCGUCACGUUCACAGCGUCGGCCGACCACAGGGUGGUGGACGGAGCGAUCGGCGCUCAAUGGAUGAAAGUAUUCAAGGAGAACCUCGAAGAUCCCGCCAACAUCAUUUUAUAAAUAGAGAAACUUUCCUACCUCAAUUCAGCUUAACGAAAGGAUGUCGUGAAAACGUACACACAUAGACGAUUUCUAAUUCCGAUAUUUAAAAAAAAAAAAAAAAAACUGACGUUUUAAGGUUAAGUGUUUUGAAACGGUAUUAAUUUAUUUUUAACAACAAGUUGUAUUUUUUUUUAUAGUCGCUUUUACCGGUAUCCGUAUUAAAAAAGGGAGAAAAAAAGUAAAAUUUAUUGUAACCUGUCAAGAGAUGGCCUCGUGUGUUUUUGGCUCCUUUGGAUGUUCUGUUUCACCGUAAGACGGGGACGCAGAACAUACAUUUUUUUUUCAUCACAAUAUUAUUAGUACAAUUUUCGCAUUUUAUUUCGAUCACAAAUAAAAAGUUUAGUUUUGUUCGUUCAAAGGACCAAAGUAGUUAAUCGAAAUAAGAAAAAGCUUAACUUUAAGCUUUGAUAAACAGUUUGAUCGUCGCGGUUUUCUUAAUAUUUAAUUUAUAUAUUUAUUCUGUGGUUACGCUUUUAAUGAGUGAGCUUUUGCUGAAAGCGCGUAUUUAAUAAAACUAUAAUUGUGAUUUAUGGGAAACGACCGAAAAAAAAACUCGUGACGAAAUAUACAUUUUUACGCAUUUUAUUAAUUUAAAAAGAAGUAGGGUUCGGAACGUAGAUCUACAUAUUUAUUGUAAUUUACUGUAAAUAUGUAAUAAUAAUUCGUUACAGCUGUGACGUCAGUAUGGAAACUAAUGUAUGCAUUGAAACGAAACGAAGCAUUAUUUUGUUUUGUUAAAAAUUUUGUAAUGUUAUUUUGUAACGUUUUGAUGAUGCUAGAUUAUUUAUGAACGUUAGUGAAAUAUAUUUUACUUACAGA